AACACCGAACACAGAACUCAGACUCUCGCGGGGAUUUUUUUUUAAUUUUACGCAGCGUCCCCGGUCCGGAUCGGCGCAGACAUGAGCGGCAGAGUGCGGCUGGUGCGCACCGUGAUGCAGGCGGCGGCGCUCGCGAACGUCCCCAAACACAUCGACCACUUCUCCAAGUUCUCCCCAUCCCCGCUCUCCAUGAAGCAGUUUCUGGAUUUCGGUUCGACCAACGCCUGUGAGCGCACGUCGUUCGCGUUCCUGCGUCAGGAGCUCCCCGUGCGUCUCUCCAACAUCAUGAAGGAGAUCAACCUGCUGCCCGAGCGCCUCCUCACCACGCCGUCCGUCCAACUCGUGCACCAGUGGUACGACCCAAACACCACCGACAACUUACACUUACACAAACUUUAUUUAUUUUACCCACAAGGGAAAAGAUUUAGACGCAGCAGCUCACAGAUCAAAAUAUUUUAUAAUAACAAAGAGCGAAAAUAUAAAUGUUAAUAUUAUAAAUUCUAAAUAAAUUGCAAAAAAAAGCAAGAGACACGACAUAGUUUUACAAAUUUUAAUGUAUAAAUCAAAAUAAAAUAGAAAAAUAAGUAUUUGAAUAUAAAAUCUCAACUAUGUACAAGAAAAAUUCACAGGAAAACGAGAUAUUUAUGAAUAGGGGUGUGCAAAAAUAUCAAAAUAAUCGAUAUGUCGUAUCGUUUAAUGUGAUGAUACAGAUCGAUA